AUGCAGCGGUUUCUUAUAUAUCAUUGGUCAAGAUGGCAUAACACAUUUGAUUUUGAGAAGAGCGAAGUAGACAAAAUAAAACCGUUAAUACAAAAGUUUGAAGAUUAUUGCAUACCGAAGCAGAAUACAACAAUGCAGCGAUACAAAUUUAAUAAACGUGUGCAAAGCGAAACCGAAUCAGUUGACCAAUAUGUUACGGAACUACGGCUUUUGGCGAAAAACUGUCGUUUUGGAGAACUAGAAGAAGAGUUAAUUCGGGAUCGAAUCAAUUGUGGCAUAAAAGCGGACAGACUUCAAGCUCGAAUGCUUCGAGAAGACAAUUUAACUUUAGACAAAUCCAUUAGCAUAUGUAAAGCAGACGAAGAAUCGCGUAAACAACUUAAAGACCUAACGAAAGAUGACAGUUUUAAAGUAAGUUCAGUGAAGAAAAGUUCAAGAAAAGGGAAUAUUGAAAGCAGACCAGCGAAGUUUGGGCGAGAAAAACAGAAGAUAUCCUCGAGCGGCUCGAGCGAAGUAAUAAAAUGUAGCAAAUGCGGGCGAGACCAUCCAAGCAAGCAAUGUCCAGCAUAUGGCAAAGUCUGUCAUGCAUGCAGAAAACUAAAUCAUUUUGCGAAGUGUUGUCGCUCAAGAAAAGUACAUGGAAUUGAUCAAAUGCAUACAGAUCCGGAUAUUCUAUUUGUUGGAACGGUUGAUAAGAAACCCGAACAGUCGACUAAAACAGAAUUGACGAAAGACGAGUGUUUUAUAACUCUAGAGGUUAAUGAAACACCGAUCAAGUUUAAAGUUGACACAGGAUCUCAAGCGAACAUAAUUCCCAUGUCGAUGUACCGAGAAUUGAAAGGGCCUAAAGAACCAAUUCAGGCAUCAAGGACCUCAUUGACAAGCUACACUGGAGAUAAGCUUAAUCUUGUUGGCAAAUGCACGUUGAAAUGUAUGAACAGACGGCCGAAUUUUUUCGUGAGUGAAACAGAUCAGUAUCCUAUGCUGGGUAUUCAAGCGUCGCAAGAACUCGACAUAAUCAAAGUUGUGAUGAGCACUAAUAAAGAGCUCCGGAGAUCUUAA